AAUGGUGACAUGAGUGGUGGGGGGAGUGCUACAGGGUGUGUCUUUUCAAAUGUUUGUUGACGAGGUUCGAGUUAGCGUGCGACGUGAAGUAACAACUAUAUGCUGCAAUGUGUGCAGACCUAAACAAAGUAGAAAUAUUGACCUAUGCGGUGGUGUGGCUGUCGGGUAUUUUGACGGCGGUUUAUAGUGUGUUACUAAAAAGAGAAUUCAUCAGGAAGAAGUCAGCAGACAUAUACUUUGAGCCAGGGUGGAGUAUUGUCAGUACCGAGAAGGAUGUAACAGAUUUUGAGUGGGAAAUCUGGUUGUCAUUCAUGGCACUUGUUUCUCCGUGGAUUGUUGCACAUCUCAUUGGCUCAUGGCUUAUAAGAUUAGCUCGAAACCAGUAUCUUGCUGCUCAGGGGGCUGCUUGGUUGCAGACACAUGAUGGACAACAUUUUGCAGCUUGCCUCUGUUGCCUUCCCUCUACAACUUUUUCAAACAGUAGUACACAGAAAAUAACAGUACAUAACAACAACUGCUUAUUUAAUGAUUACAGUGCAGUUGAUAUGAAUCUCAUCCCAAUGUGGCACCUGACAGUAGCCAUUGCCUUUUUAUUGUGGUACCUUGGUUCAACAGCAACAGUGUUCCUUCUCCUGCAGCCUUGUGUGUUUUGCUUACUGUCAACAAUGAGAAGCAAGUCUGUUCUGUGGGCUUUCAGCAUUGGUAUGUUAGCUUGGAUUCACAGAGACGAUGCACUGGCAUGGUUACAACUUUCGUUCAGUGCUGAAUACCUGCUUCAUGCUGCAUUAGGUUGGACACACAUGCGUUGCCUCAGUUUUACACUUGACAAAGUGAAUGAAGUAAACUACACAGCUGAUCUGAGAAACUGUAUUAAUUUCUUAGGCUAUUGCUUCUACUUACCUACCCUGUUUAUGGGACCACUUAUUUUGUAUGAAGUGUUCCAUGAAGGGGUGAUGAGUACAGUAACACUGACAGGAACACAUGUUAUGAAGCUGUCUUUAAAAAUCUUGCGCUUUAUUUUCUGGCUGUUAGUUACGGAUUUUUCUUUGCAUUUCCUAUAUUUUAAUGCUCUGCAGCAACAACCACAGAUUGUCAGAAAUAUUGACUGGUGGUCUCUUUGUGGCCUGGGUUACUGCAUGGGACAGUUCUUCAUGAACAAAUAUGUGGUUGUUUAUGGUUUGGCCGGCAGCAUAGCAGAAGCAGAGCACAUUUUGGCACCAAGACCUCCAAAAUGUAUUGCUAGAGUACAUCUUUACUCUGAAAUGUGGCGAUAUUUUGAUCAUGGACUCUACCUUUUCCUGGUCAAGUACAUAUACAUUCCUUGCCGUGGAAACGAUUCGAGCUUGAUUAAGAAAUUGGGUGCAUCAUUUGUAUGCUUUAUUUUCAUAUAUUUGUGGCACAACACAUAUGACUAUGUUCUGAUUUGGUCUGUUCUCAAUUUCAUUGGACUAACAGUGGAAGGAAUAUGCAGAAGUGUUGCUCGCUCAUCAACAUAUCAAAAGCUUGAGGAAAUGUUGCUGUCUCCAAGGAAUUCUAGACGUUUCAAAGCUGCCCUUGGAAGUCCUCUCUUCAUUAUGUCAGCUUUGUCCAGCUUUUAUUUUCUUGGUAGAAUGGAAAUUGGAAACAUAUUUGUCAGUCGAAUCUUUACAGGAUGGGGUCUAGCCAAUGUAACAUUGUUGGUGUUUUGCUAUUGUGGUUGUCAAGUGUCUCUGGAGUUGAUGAAAUGGGACAGAAGAAGAAAAGCAACAGAUCAGCACAUUUGAGAUGUAUUUCAAAAGCCUAAGACAUGUAAACUUGAGUUUUGUAAAUAAAAGAAUAUCUUAAAAUUGGA